UAAUUUUCCAACUUAAUUUUCCAAGGAAACUCUGUCGAAAACAAAUGAAAAAUCCCGAGUUUUCUGGCAAAAUGAGAACCGUGACAAGUGCAAUCAGUUUAUGAAAAUUGUGUGCUACGAAUUUGAACUUAUUACCCAUUUUGUGCUCAUUUGUAAAUCGGUAGUAACGAAGAACGAAAAAGAAAAAAAAAUAUAAUAAAAAAAAAUAUAUACGAAGUGCGAGGAGAGAAAAGAAAAAAAAAGUUUCUAAAAAUCACGACGAAAAACGUACCUUGCGAGGUAACAAAUUGUAAAUAUCGAAUAUUAUGAAAGUGAUAAUAACAGAUAACGACGUAUAUAAAGUGUAAUUGAAGACGGUAGUGAACGAGACCUACAAUCGUAAUUUUGUCAUUUUGCUGUGAAAUUUGUUGUUGUUUUGCAUAAUCGAACAAAAUCUCGUAGUUUCGGAGCUGCAAAUCCAGGAGUUGUUAUUUUGCUGGAAGAGGCCAUCAUCACACACAUACGCAAGACAGCUGCUACGACACACAGAAGGAGAUCCGGAAUUCGUUCGUCGUCGUUCGUCGGGUAUCAACACAUCGUCGAGCUUGUGAAAUGUAAACUUGACGGAAAGCGAGGGCGAAUCAAGAAUUAACUAAUUAUUAAUUACAUUAUCGUUUUUUAUUUCGUUUGUCUCAACUCAAAGAGAAAAGCCACCGAAACAAUACAGAGAAAAAUGGCUGACCGAAGUAGUACGACGUCGUCUGCUGGGAAUGGCAACAAGCAGCAGCAGCAGCAGCAACCACACCAAAUUUUCAACAGUUCCGGAGUAUUGAAGCAACCACCGCCGAAUCUAAAGACAAAUUCUCAAAUGAAUGCUAAUUUAAGUAGUAAGGGGAAGCAUGUGAAGAGUAACGCGGUGCAUCGGACCACGAGUGAAAGUUUGCGCCUCGAGCCGAAUCACAUGCAUCAUCAUCACCAUCAUCAUCGGGACUCCUUGCACGAUCGCCUAUCGUCAUCCGGGGGAUCUUCGAGUAUCGGUCCCGGUUCGACAAUUUCCUCGAUGAUGGCAGCGGGCGCCAGUAGCUCGAGUCUCGCCUCGUCUUCGUCGAGUUCCAGUGGCGGCGGGAUUUUACGCAUAAAUGCCACGGGCCCCAAUAGCGAAAGAAAACCAAAGACGUCGUCGUUCCAGAUCACCUCCGUGACAAUUGGGAAUGCGGGGGGCGGCGGGGGCGGGAGCGGUAAUGCAGCGCCACGCAUCAGUAGCAAUAGCAAUGACAAUGGCGACGAUUCCGCAGACGACCUUGACGAAUCUCAUGCGGAAGACAAGAGUGUCGUGACUGACGAAACCCCGAGCUUCUCGGAAGACACAUUCUCGAAGGAGGAUGUCUUUUUCACGAGUAGCGAUGCCAUCGGAAGUGCUCCCGUCAUACCGACCAGUUCACAGUAUGGCCUUGCCAUUGUCGCGCCCAAUUUGGCGGGACCCGGCGGACAAAAUCUCGCCGAUGUGCAUGUGAGUGUCACGGAUGCCGGCAUCAAUUUGAUGACAAAUUCGAAGAAAGAUGUCGACUUGAAGGACAUUCAUCAUCGAAAUGAGCGCUUUAAGGUCGUGAAAAUCGAGAGUACGGAACCCUUUCGUCGCGGCAGAUGGAUUUGCAUGGAUUAUCUGGAUCACUCGACGCUCCAGGCGACGUUGGAGGAGCAGCAACAGCAGGAAACUGAUGCAUCGCCCAACAACGAGUCGACGUCCGUCGUGCACAACGAGGAACCGCUGAGUCAGGAUAACGACUCGCAAGCGAUGACGCAGUCUGUGGUCGAAAUUCAGGGCGAUUUGGGCGACAUGAAUGCGGGCGAUGCGGAAUUGGGGGCUGUAGGUGGCACGAAAUCUGACGAAUCUCCGGGACAAAGUCUACAGCAACCGCUGAAUGUGACGUCGACGACGACGCCUGUUACGAAUCCGCCGGUGCCGCAAGAGGGCGCCACGAUACAAAAUUCAAAUUCUGCUAGUCAAGCAAGUGGUAAUUCAAGUCCGCAAACCAAUAACAACAACAACAAUACAGUCAUACUCGCAAAUACCAAUUCUACAGCUUCUUCUACUAAUUCAACUUCGACAACUACUAGCAACUCCAACUUCCAACAGGGUCAAUCCCAACCGGCUCAAUAUUACUCGCAACAAGUGUUAGAUCAGCAACUUACUAGUCAGCAGCAGCAAACGGCGCAACAGCAACCGACGACGACGACGAUGUUACAUCAUGGUGCUACCUUGCCUGCGAAUCUUUUGCAAGCGGCAACUGUCGCUGCUCCAACGAACGUCGCUGUCAACACAAACAACACCAACAACAACAGUCAAAAUACUCAACAACAAUCACCUGUACUUCCGCAGCAAUUGACCGUUUCCGUGGAUCCCGUCGCCGCGGCGUUCCAUCAACAAGCGACGCCCGCACCGCAAGACUCUCCCCAGCAAUUUAUCGCAGCAGCAAUGUCUCCGCAAAUCCCCGAUCCGCAAAUUGUCGUGCAUAACGGGCCCACAGAGCCGCCCAGCACCCUUCUCCUCAACACAAAUAGCGGCAGCAGUACGAAUACGCCGCCAAGUCAAGUCGCCACGAACGAACUUUGUACAGCCGGAUCUGUACCUGCUUCGCAAACACAGGAAGCAGUAACCAUCGAAAGUAGUACGAACGAUUUAAAUUCCGUCAGUGCCGCGAAUGCCGCUCAAUCGGCACCCAACUCUCUGAAUGCGAGCAACAGUACACUGAUAUCGCCGUCGUCGCAAGCCGCCAGCGCAAGUUUACAACAUGGACAAAGUUUACCGCAACAACUGAUACAAAAUAUCGUUGCGGAAGAUGGAUCUGCCGAAGAUAGUGAAAGCGCAUCUGGUACAAGUGCAGUUGCGAUUGAUAAUAAGAUCGAACAAGCCAUGGAUCUUGUAAAGUCACAUUUGAUGUUUGCGGUCAGGGAGGAAGUGGAAGUGCUAAAAGAGAAAAUAGCUGAAUUAAUGGACCGUAUUAAUCAAUUAGAAGUAGAAAAUACAAUUUUAAAGGCGAAUGCGACGCAAGAAACCUUGUCACAAAUCCAGACAACGUCAACAGUGGCAAACGCAAUAACAUCCACACCGCCAGAAUUACCAAAAGUUCCACAAUCACAAAACAACAAUCCAGCAAAUGGACCUGUUUCAUAAAAAUUAAUUUUAUAAUACCUAAUUGUUUUAUUAUCUGUUAACUAUUAAAACAUUAUUAAUAUUAUUAUUUA